GGAAAGGCACCAACCAGCAGCAGCUCCAGCCCUGCCGAAGUUUCACUUUUUGUCUGUGGGUCCGCUCCCGGCCCCCGCGCGAGCUUUCCCGGGAUAAGUAGCAUUAGCAAGGAGGGGAGAGCCGGGCGCUGCAAGGUGGGGACCUUGAGGCUCAGAAAUAGAACUGAAGACAGAACCCAGUUGCCUGCUUCUCAUUUGAGGACUUUUCUCAUUGUUCUACUGGGCACUCAUCAGAGGGAAGCUAUUUUUCCACAAUUGGCUCCACAUUUUUACUGCGUGGUUUCCAGUUCCACCUUUUUAAGUUUCCGAACUUCUGGACCAUCGUUAACCAAAAGGGCAUCGUGGAAUCUCCAAAGGCCAUUGGCAGGCGAGCGGAGCUGAAAGCGACCUACCCGGGACCGCUGCGCUGGUUAGCGGCUGAGCUGGGGCAAGAAUCCAGGUGUUAGUGUGUUCCUGUUUUUUCUUUUGAGUUCCUGUACCAGUCUCCGGGAUCUCAAGACGCUAGCAUAGCAGUUUGCUGAACCUGGUGUCCACUGACCAUUUGAAGAGCUAGUUAUCUGAGUUUCAGAUUCCGACAAUGUCUCAUCCGUCUUGGCUGCCACCCAAAAGUACUGGUGAGCCUCUUGGCCAUGUGCCUGCACGGAUGGAGACCACCCAUUCCUUUGGGACUCCCAGCAUUUCAGUGUCCACACAACAACCACCCAAGAAGUUUGCACCAGUAGUUGCUCCAAAGCCCAAGUACAACCCAUACAAACCUGGAGGUGAAGGUGAUUUUCUUCCACCCCCACCUCCACCUCUAGAUGAUCCUGGUGCUCUUCCGUCUGGCUCUGGAAACUUCCCUCCUCCACCACCCCUUGAUGAAGGUGCUUUCAGGGCACAGCAGGGAAAUCCUGGAGGCAAGACCCUUGAGGAGAGACGUUCUAGCCUGGAUGCCGAGAUAGACUCGCUGACUAGCAUCUUGGCCGACCUUGAGUGCAGCUCGCCCUACAAGCCUCGGCCUCCACAGGGCUCUACUAGUUCGACUGCCUCUCCUCAAGUCUCUACCCCUGUCACAGGACAUAAAAGAAUGGUAAUACCAAACCAACCCCCUCUAACGGCAACCAAAAAGUCUACAUUGAAACCACAGCCUGCACCCCAGGCAGGACCCAUCCCUGUGGCACCAAUUGGAACACUAAAACCCCAGCCUCAACCAGUCCCCGCCUCCUAUGCUACGGCGUCCACCCCUUCAAGGCCUGCCUUCAACGUGCAGGUGAAGUCAGCCCAGCCCAGCUCUCAUUACAUGGCUGCUCCUUCAUCAGGACAAUUUUAUGGCGCAGGCCCAGGACCCCAGGGCUAUAACACUCAACCAGUUUCUAUCUCUGGGCAGUGCCCACCUCCUUCAACACGGGGGGGCAUGGACUAUGCAUAUAUUCCACCACCAGGACUUCAACCGGAGCCUGGGUAUGGGUAUGCCCCCAACCAAGGACGCUAUUAUGAAGCCUAUUGCCCAUCAGGUCCUGGCUAUGGGGGCAAAAAUGACUCUGAUCCAGCUUACGGUCAACAAGGGCAUCCAAAUACGUGGAAGCGGGAACAAGGGUAUACUCCUUCUGGAACAGGAAACCAGAACCCAGCCGGGAUGUAUCCAGUUACUGGGCCCAAGAAGACCUAUAUCACAGAUCCUGUUUCAGUGCCUUGCGCACCGCCACUGCAACAAAAGAGUGGACAAACAGGAUCCAUGGGGCCUCCAGCUGUUCCCCCUUCAUUCCGCCCUGAAGAUGAGCUCGAACACCUAACCAAGAAGAUGCUGUAUGAUAUGGAAAAUCCACCUGCUGAUGAAUACUUUGGCCGCUGUGCUCGCUGUGGGGAAAACGUAGUUGGGGAAGGGACAGGAUGCACUGCCAUGGAUCAGGUCUUCCACGUGGAUUGUUUUACCUGCAUCAUCUGCAACAACAAGCUCCGAGGACAGCCCUUCUAUGCCGUGGAGAAGAAAGCCUACUGUGAGCCCUGCUACAUUAACACCCUGGAACAGUGCAGUGUGUGCUCCAAGCCCAUCAUGGAGCGGAUCCUGCGAGCCACCGGAAAGGCCUAUCAUCCUCACUGCUUUACCUGUGUCAUGUGCCACCGCAGCCUUGACGGGAUCCCAUUCACCGUGGACGCUGGUGGCCUCAUUCACUGCAUUGAGGACUUCCACAAGAAAUUUGCCCCCCGAUGUUCUGUGUGCAAAGAGCCUAUCAUGCCGGCCCCGGGCCAGGAGGAGACUGUCCGGAUUGUGGCUCUGGAUCGCGAUUUCCAUGUUCAUUGCUACCGGUGUGAGGAUUGUGGUGGUCUCCUGUCUGAAGGAGAUAACCAAGGCUGCUACCCUCUGGAUGGACACAUCCUCUGCAAGACCUGCAACUCCGCCCGCAUUAGGGUGCUGACGGCCAAGGCCAGCACUGACCUUUAAGUUCAGUUAGUUGGUGGCGCUAAGAAGAAUGAAACACAAGAAACAAGAUAAGAAAAGACAUGGGAAAAAUACAGGAAAGGCAAUCAAACCGUGGGAUGGUCUCUGUUCUUCGUCUAAUAUUAACCUUUCUUUAGAAACACAUAGAUUAUGAGAUUUUUUUUUUUUAAGUUCUCACCAAAUACACAUUUCACAUUUAAUCAUGUAGGACCUUGAUGGGCCUUUGUUCCCAAGGACUUCCACAUUUUUGCACGGAUUAUACUCCAUCCCAUUCACUUCUGCAUUCCUGUAACUUUUAAUCCCUAUGUUUGUCUCACUUUUCAUCUGGUUGAAUGGCUUUUUUUAGUGUGGUAUUUGCUGUCACACAGUUUUUUCCUGGGUGAGUCUGCCAACUCACAGGUGCUUUUAGGCUUGAAGGUCUCAUCCUAUCACUUCCACAUUGCCUGUGAUCAUAAAGGACAGCCAUUCUUUCUGUGUGUAUUGGAAAAGUACAUCUUUCUGUUGCUCUAAACCGGUCAUGUCCCUUGGGGUGGGGGGGUGGGGGGUAAAAGUGUGCAAUGUAUAUGUUAGGCAACAAAGAAUUUAAGCUGUAAAUGACAUAGUUUAAAACAAGCGCCUACUGAAUUUGCAACCAAAUUUGAUUGGAAAUUCAAAGUCUAUAGUGAUUUUGGUGCUCAGGGCUCAUUUGAAAACAGUUAUUGGUGAGAUCCAAACUUCAAUUUUUUUCUGAGGGAAUUACGG